AUGGAAGUGUACACCCUCAAUGUCAGUGUGGUGGGCAAACGAGAUCUUGCAGCCCAAUUGGAGGCUGGACUCGACAAUGCGGGACACAAAGCUUCAACACCCAAACACAGCGUACUCAAUAAAGGAGAAAAUAGGAGCUGGUUCAUAUGGAAGCGUCUUCAAGGUAAGUCCUCAUUUCACUCAGGCCUUUCGAAUGGCCGACGGGGUGACCUGCGCCCUCAAGUCAAUGUCAGUCAAAAACAGCGGCGACUUGCUGUUGAUCCGACAAGAAAUCAACACGAUGAUCAGGUGCAGGCAUGUGAACGUGGUCGAGUUCUACGAAGUGUUCUUGUGGAGAAAACAAUUGUGGAUUUCUAUGGAAUUCUGCGGUGGGGGACCUUUCAACGAGAUUGUGAAUUGCCUGGGACCACUCGACGAAUCAGAAAUAGCUUAUUCCAUCAAAUGUGUCGUGGAGGGCUUGAACUACAUUCACCAGCAAAAAAACGUCCACCGAGACAUCAAAGUAAGUUGACUAAUAUUCCAGGGGGCCAAUAUAUUGUUGACCACAGACGGAACGGUUAAAAUAGGUAUCCGACCGUUCUAAUGACAAGCCGACUUUGGAAUUGCCGCCAAAUUGGUGGGGACACUGGACAAGCGGAAAUCCAUAAUCGGGUCUCCCUACUGGUGGUGGGUGUUCUCAUUGACAGGAUGGCUCCGGAGGUGAUCACGGCAAAGAUGUCGAUGGGGUACGACUACUUGUGCGAUGUGUGGAGUGUGGGAAUCCUUGCCAUCGAGUUGGCAGAGACCGUCCCUCCACUCUACAAAAUGCACCCAAUGGACGCCUUGACAGUAAUCGGGAAGAGUAGUUACACCAGUCCUACUUUGAGAGACCAGUCUAGAUGGUACUGCACGUUUAAGUACGGACAGGUCUUCGUCCUUUCACUUGUUUGUCUGCAAAAGUUUGACCAAGAAUGCCAAGAAGAGGCCGUCUGCAGCUGAUUGCCUUGCUGUAUAUUUCUGUUGUCUAAAAGAGAUGCCCUUCUUGACCAACUCCACACUGACCAAAAAACUUGGUUUGCGAAUAGUAAAAAAAUAUUUUUUCAAAAAAUACGCAA